CACCCAUUUACCACCAAACCCAAGGUGCCAAACGGUGUGUUGGGGAUCCAUCGACAUUGUUGGUUCCCGGGUCGCGGCCAAGUGGCCAUCAGCAUCAUCCAAACAUGACGUAAUGAUAAUAAUUUAGCUGAGAAAUCUAACCAGCAUCCAUAGCCGACCCCAUGUGGAUUCCCUAUACAAGCCAACGCGCGUUUCUCACCCGAACAAUCCGUACAGCCUACUCAUCAUAAUCACCAUGACUCAUCAUCCCUUACUUUCGUCUCUACCCUUCCUCUUCCUCUUCCUCUUCCUCACCAUACUCUCCGUUACGGUUACCACAUCAACAACCACAACAGCCCCAACCUUCAAAUCACAACAACAAGACUCCCCUAUCUCUCGCUUCCAACAAUACCUCCAAAUCCAAACCGCACAUCCCAACCCCGACUACUCCACUGCCAUCUCCUUCCUCACCUCUCUGGCCCACUCCAUCGGCCUUCAAAUCCAGACCAUUGAAUUCUCCCCUCAAAAGCCCCUUCUCCUCCUCACCUGGCCUGGCCGCGAUCCCUCCCUCCCCUCCAUCCUCCUCAACUCCCACAUCGACAGCGUCCCUGCUGAGCCCUCCAAGUGGACCUACCCUCCCUUCUCCGCCUUCAAAGACUCCGAUGGCCGUAUCUUCGCCCGUGGGGCCCAAGACGACAAAUGCAUCGGCAUCCAAUACCUCGAAGCCAUUCGCAACCUCAAAUCUUCCUCCUUCUCCCCUCUUCGCACUGUCCAUAUCUCGUUCGUGCCCGAUGAGGAGAUUGGUGGGGCUGAUGGGGCCGCCAUGUUCGCCUCGUCGAAGCUGUUCGAUGAUCUCAAUGUGGGGUUUGUCAUGGACGAAGGGCAGGCGUCCACGACGGACGAGUUUAGGGUCUUUUAUGCCGACCGUUCGCCAUGGGGGCUGAUCAUGAAGGCUUUUGGUAUGCCGGGGCAUGGAUCGAGGAUGUACGAUAAUGGGGCGAUGGAGAAUUUGAUGGAGAGCAUGGAGGCCAUUGCUCGCUUUAGGGAGAAUCAGUUCGACAAGGUUAAGGCGGGUAUGGCAGCGGGUUCGGAGGUUAUAUCGGUGAAUCCGGUGUAUGUGAAAGCCGGGACGCCUUCACCCACGGGUUUUGUAAUGAAUAUGCAACCUUCGGAAGCAGAGGUGGGGUUUGAUAUUCGCUUUCCUCCUACAGCAGAUCCUGAUUUCUUGAGGAGAAGAAUUUCAGAAGAAUGGGCUCCAGCUACAAGAAACAUGACAUUUCAGUUAAUUCAGAAAGGACCCAUCAGAGACUACAUGGGACGCCCUCUAAUGACAACGACCAAUGAAUCCAACCCAUGGUGGUCGGUUUUCAAGCAAGCCAUAAUCGCAUCUGGAGGAAAACUAGCUAAGCCUGAAAUUUUACCAUCCACCACCGAUGCUCGAUUCAUGAGGCAGAGGGGCAUUCCUACACUUGGGUUUUCUCCUAUGUCAUCUACUCCAAUCUUACUUCACGAACAUAAUGAGUUUCUGAAGGACACUGUGUUUUUGAGGGGCAUCAAGGUAUAUGAAUCCGUUAUCAGUUCCUUGAGUUCCUUUGCAGGAGAUUCACUCUAGCAGCUUACUGCAAGUUACAGGUGCUUAAUGAUAUAGCAUUGCUAAAGCCCAUCGGCACUACUACAUGCGCUGACACUUGUGGUAUACAAGCUAUGCAUCAGGAGGGUCUCAUUCUGGCUUCAAAAUCUGGUUGGUCCAGUUAUUAGGUGGGCAGACGAGGAGAAACGAUAAACAGUCUAAAAAAAUAAUCACCAAUGGCACACAUUCACUGUACAUGUAUGGCCCACCAAAUAGUGCAUCAGAUAGUUAAUCUAUAUGGUGUUACCUGAUGCGCCACAGACGCAUCUGUUUGCCAUUUAUGUCCACGCAUGUAGAAGUGUGUGGUGUGGUGUAUAUGGGCUUAACAAAACUCUAGUGAUUGUCUUUGGUAGCAAUGAUCAGGGUGAAAUUCAGCACAGUUUCCAUGAAA